GGAAAAGUUCCCUCUGCCAUUUUUUUUUUUUUGAAAGAAGACAUUUGGAAUACUUUCUUGCUUUUAUCUGAAAAAGUCUUGACUUUCAAAUACAUGCAAGGAUGAGCUGUAUUCCUGCAUCACACAGAAUUGUGAUUGGAGACUGGCCCACAUAAACACUGAAGUUACCCAUCAUGAACACCAUUCUCAGUCAAGUAGAGUCUCAGAUGGAGGAGAACUCAGGUCAGAGAAGAGGCAGCAAAGCCUACCAGAUCUUUCCAGAAGCCAACCCGAAUGAAGAGUCAGACUCCUACCCUGAAGACUUUCUGUACAGAAGGGAGCGGCUCCCCUCUAUUGUUGUGAUGCCCACAGAGCACAGUGAGUUGGGGAGCGGGGAGCUGCACGGGCCUCCACGAUGCCAAGUGAGCAACAAUGUGAAGGAUGAGGAGGACAGCAGUGCUGAUCACACAGAAGCCUCUGUGGAUAGAGAACAACAGGAGGACAUGGAAUUGGACAAAGGCUCAGUUGCCAGGAAGUCUUCUAUUGGACUUUCCCAGAGUCAACUCUCCCUCUCCCGACUGACCCCACCUACCUCCUCCACCCACCACGAGGCUGCCCCACCCUGUCUGAGGAGUUGAACCAGUACAACCAGCAUGGACUGAUCCCACUGCAGUUUACCUGAAUUGUGUUAAAAUGUGUAACCAGUUCACGAGCACUAUACCCUUAAAGAGAGAACCUCCAGGGUUUUCUCAGGGUGAAUUUCCUUCUUUGUGACUCCAGGUUCAUUCUACUGCAAAUAAACAUGGUGAAUGGCUAUUGGGGCCAGUUUACUUCAAAGCAUGAAAGCCUGGCCCUAACCCCAAUUCUAUGUUAUUGAGGUCUUCACUGACCACAUUUGUGCCAGCAAUAAUAUGAUUAUAUUAUAUCGCCAAAUAAUUGAGGUCAAGGAGAAUUUUUAAAAAAAAAUGGAAGUACAGCUCAUAUUUCUAUGGAGCCCUGGAAGGGACAUGGAAGAAAGAAGAAAAAAAUUAAUUUCUUUAGCGAGAUCUCUCGCAAAAGCUGUAAUGUGACUAAGCUCAAAAUAAAACUCUACACACCUCUCUCCCACAGGUGUGUGCACUCCACUGUUGUGUCUGUGGAGAUUCCCAUUCAUCCAGGUCAAAGUUCACCACAAGGGUGUUGAAUCAGGAGCAACUGGACUUGGUUGUAAAUUCUUGAAGACGUUUCACCUUCAUCCAAGAGGUUUCUUCAGUUAUUGAAUGAGAGGUGAAAUGUCUUCAAGAUAUAACAACCAAGUCCACACUCCGCUGUUGUGUUUGAUUCCCGUGCUGUGCUGAACUGUCCCGGAAGCACAUUGAAAGUUUUGUGAAGGUUUUGCAGGAUCUCGCAAAAGUACAUCUCUCUUUUUUACUCUCCGUAAAUUUCUAACCCUCAUCUUUGAAAAGAUUUACUGCAACAGUUAUAUUGAAGUACAUACUGUGCAUGUGUACUGUCCCUUCAAAAGUUGUCAUGUAUUAAAAGUAUUUUUUAAUUACACACACACUGUUUCCACCAUUUGGUAGAAAAUUAAAUUAAAUUAAUGUUCAUGCAUUAUUUAAAAACUCAUUAAAAAACAUUGCUUUUCACAAAUACACUUAUUUGCAUCACUAGCUUUGUUGACUGACUCUGAGGAUUUAUGAUUAAAUAGUUUUUGAAUAGAGUAAGCUACUACAGUCCAAGGUGGAAACAGCUUUUGCUGCUAGUGUAUGGAAAAUAACCAUAAACCAAUGUAGGACCUUUGCAUUAUGCUUCUGUAUAAUUGUAAAGUAUGUUGAUAGCUUUGAUCCGAUAUGCACCUUUCCUUUUAUGCACAGCCUGG